CGGGACGCGGCGGCGAUGGCGGCGUUUCGGGACAUGGAGGAUGUGAGCCAGGGGCUGAUGAGCCUCCUGGCCGCCAACCGCGCCGAGGCGCAGCAGCGACAGCUGCUCGAGCGCCAGGAGAAGGUGGUGGAGCGGCUGAUGCGGGCCCAGGACAAGGCGGAGCGGCGCCUGCAGGAAAUCACGGCAGCAGAGGAGGAGGUGGCCAAGAAGCUGCUGCAGGCGCAGGCGCAGGUGCAGGCCGGCCGCGAGGAGCUCCAGCGGCUGCAGGAAGAGAUACAGAAGGUCGAGGAGGAGGACACGAGCGUCCAGGCCCUUCUGACUCAGAUGCUGCAUGAUCUCAAUGAAAUCAAGGAUGAAGAAGCUGAUCUGGACAAAAGCGAGAAGAAAGUGGACGAAGACAGCACCGUGACCAUCCCGAGCGCUGUAUAUGUGGCCCAACUCUACAAUCGCAUCAGUAAAAUCGAGUGGGAUUAUGAGACCGAGAAGGAAGUGAUCAGAGGCAUUCACCACGGCCCCAGCGUGGCCCAGCCCAUCAACCUGGAUGCCUCUCAGCACUCCAAGAAGUUCGUCAGCGACUUUCUCUGGAGCCUGCUUGAUACCCAGUGGUGACCUGCCGUGGCCAGGCCCAGCCCCGUGUGACCCAUCCCCGCCCGGCCGUAUUCUGGCAUCUGCUCUAAGCUCAGUGCCCAGGAGUAGGCCAGUUGCAGAGCUGGCUUCGUUGCUGCUGUUCCGGGGGACCCACAGCCCCCUCAUCCCUGUGGACAUAAGGGGCCACCCCUGCCUCUUCGUGUGCAAUCCCCCCACCACCACUUAG